UUAAAGAAAUUUAAAAUAUAUUAACAAAAUACGAUGCAUGGCCGUGUGAAAGUGCGCACCACUGAGGAGGAGCGGGAGCGCAAGAAGAAGGAACAUGCGCUGAAGGUCCGGGCCUACCGGGCAGCCAUGGGACGGAUACUCAAGAAGCGCGAUGCAGGAGAACUCGAUGACGAAAUGCUUGGCCUGACGGUGCAAAUCCUGCAUCGCAAUCCAGACGUGACCACGCUGUGGAACAUUCGUCGCGAGUGUGUGCUGGAGAAAAUCAAGCAGCUAUCAGAGGCGGAAGCAGAGUCCAACAAGUCCGAUGAGGUCCAGGCGGAAGCAGGGGCGGAGGAAAAACCUGCUGCACCGGAAGAUAAGCUACAAUCUGUGUACGGCCAAGAGUUGAACGUCACAGAACAGUGUCUGAUGGUUAAUCCCAAGUCAUACAAUGCCUGGCAUCAUCGCUGCUGGACCCUCGAGCAGAAUCCCCAGGCAGACUGGCAGCGGGAGGUGCAGCUCUGCAACAAGUAUCUCAAAUACGAUGAGCGAAACUUUCACACCUGGGACUUCCGGCGUUUUGUGACCGCCAAGGCGGCCGUGCCUGCAGAGCAAGAGCUGGACUUUUGCACUGAAAAGAUCAAGGUUAACUUUUCAAACUAUUCCAGCUGGCAUCACCGGAGCCUCCUGCUGCCGACGCUCUACCCCAACGAGCAGCGCGACCGACCCAUGAGCGAGGAGAAGCUGCAGCAGGAGCUGGAGAUGGUGCUCACCGCCGCCUUCACCGAUCCCAACGACAGUAGCGCCUGGUUCUAUCAGCGCUGGCUGCUGGGCGGUGGCGCCCAAGCGGAUCAGGCCCCCAAGGUGGUUGCCUUUCGCAUGGGAGUGACUGGUGCAGUCAUAGCAUUUAAGAAACCCUGUCCAGACUUCGAACAGUUGAAGGUUGGGCUUUCAAGUAAUGAAGACUCAUGGCAGUUACAGUCCUGGCAGCCUGCGGACAGCAGGCGAACCACCUGGAAAAACCAGACACCGAUUGACUACCAAAAGGAUAGAUCCUACUCCUUGAAGCUGUCGGAGCAGGAGAUCAAACUCUUACCUCUACCCACAGGCGAUGGUGCCUUCUACUUUGUGCCGCCCCAUGCUGCCUCCAGCUGCAGCAAAGAGCUGUUGGAUGAACUCCAAACGCAGCUGCAAUCCUGUUUCGAUCUCCUGGAGUACGAGCCCGAUAGCAAGUGGACUCUACUGACCAGUGCUCUCCUAAUGCGAGCCAUCGAUGCUACCGCCAACCACGAGAGAAGCUUGGAGCACUUGGUUGAGUUGGAGAAGGUUGACGCCCUACGAAAGGGAUACUAUAAGGAUUUGGCUGCAUGCUGGACGCUGGAAUUAGAGCUGGCCAAGUGGGCCACAUCCCCAAAGUUUCCCAAACGGUUUGAGCUAACAGCGGAGUCAGCAUUGACAUCGUUGCCUUAUGGCCAGUACCUGGCAAUUGCUGAUGAAUUGGAACUGUCCGAAAAACUUAAGGAGGAACUUGGCGACAGAUUGCCACAAACGUUUGCAGAGUUGAAGUUGCAGGAGUAAGGGAUUAAGGUGCUUUCCCUUCAUUAUCCAAGACAUAAAAUAACUGACCAAUAUCAUUUUCCAGUAGGUAUUCAGUUAAGAUUUCAGGGUUUUCGGUAAGGUGAAAUUGUUCCAAAGUAUACUAAAGAUAUAAAAACAUUCAAUUUA